CACAAUAUACUGGUGGCAUGAGAGUUGCAGUGAUGUCUGAAUGACGCAAUACAACACGAAGGUGGACUUAAAGGAUGGAAUCGUAAUUUUAUAUUCGCAGCUAAAUUAUAGCUAACGUGAAGCCGCGCUAACGCAGUGCGGAGCUGAGAGUGAUGCGGACUCCUCACAGGGAGCACAUUACCUGUCCGACACACACUUGUGUGUGGACAUCGUGUCACACAUGCAUGACCAGAAAGGUGAUCAGGGACAUCAGCUGAGGUCUGCUGGGUGCCUGGGCUUGUUGAAAGAUGGAGGAUGGAAAUAGGACUGAUGCUGCUUCCACAUCCAAGAGCCACGCAGCCUCACUCCACCUGCAAACUCCCAAAAAUGAGGACGCCUAUGAAAUUUCCAUCCCUUAUGAAGAGAGCAACUUUGAGCAGCAAGGAUUUUUCAAUCAGAGUGAUCAGAAUUUUGAAGAGUCGCCUCCAUCUGCUGCCCCGUCUCAAGUAAACAACUCAUACAUGGUGAUCACCAACCUGCGAACCCAGCUGCAGAUCUCUAUGGAGAAAAACUCUUGGCUGCAGAAAAGAAUUGAGGACCUGGAAGAGGAGAGGGACUUCCUCCGUUGCCAGCUGGACCGCUUCAUCUUUUCCACAAAGAGCCAUGGACAGGAGCAGAGCCAGAACCAGUACAGUAACGGUUAUGAAUCCAGACGAUUCAACUGGAGGGUAAGAAGAGAGGAAGAUCGUCCCGUUGACCAGCAGAAGUCAGAGUCUCAGCAUUUCCCCUCGCGUCAGUUUAUCCAACGAAGGCCUGGCCCCCCAACAAUGGUGCCUUCCAAAAACCAUGUGUCCAAUCCACUAACCAAUCAGCUUGCCUCUAUAAAUGCUUUGUUCAACUCGACACAAUCCCAGGCCCUCUUGCAAGGCCAUAGUCAUAACACUCCCAAUACCACAGCCAGCGGCAGCGGCGGCAACAGCAAUAGUGCUGCAAGGUCAUCCAUGAAUGACAUGACUGGGCAUGGCAACAUUGGUCCAGAUUCACUUUCACUCCUGGGAGAAUCUGAUGACUACUUGGAGCAGGAAGGUUACCUCGAGGAAGAGGAACUGAUAUCAGGGGAAGAUUUACUGCAAGACACCAUUAACAGCAACAGACACCAAUUGAAGAGAAGGCGGGUCUUCCGAGCUCCUAGAGAGCGGCAACGAGUGAAAGAUGCUGCUGGAGUGCUGUUUCGCUACAAGAAGAUCCUGCUCACAUACCAACGUCUGAAAAAUAUGUCGAAAGCCUUCCAAAUUCACGGCGUGGACCGCAACACGGUGGCUUCCACCACACCCAUUGCCGAGCUGCUACUAGUUGCCCCGGAGAAAGUGGCCGACGUGGGCGAGUUUGACCCAUCCAAGGAGAAGCUGCUGGACUAUGCCCGGCGCUGCUACUCAGCCCUGGAUGAGGAGACACUUAACAGGGUGCAGGCCCUGAAGAAGAAUAACCUGCUCCUGCCCAUCUCCUACAGGUUUAGACACUGAGGAGAGAAAGACAGAAGAAGGGGAUUUCUCUCUGGAAAAUAGGUGGACUGGUGGUCAAGUUUGGAGAGAAGAGGCAGCAGCACAUCGAGCACAGAGAGCAUGUCGAGAGGCAUGAGGAGUUCAUCUCCUUGUCCUGGAUAUGGCCAUGUGGACUGGCUGAGAUCCUUUGCUUUUCAAACAAAUACACAUUUCACAUCUCACUUUUAUUAACACUUUGAUAUCAGUUUCUUUGACAAGUACUCUCCGUUGUUCCAGUAAUAUUAAGGAAACAGGAGUGUGCUAGAUUCAAAAGAGAAAAAACAUGGUUCUCAUUUCUUAAAGAGCAAACAUGCCACGUCUCUGAUUUAGAAUAUGUCUUAUCUUUCGGGAUUAAUUUCCUUCGGUACUUAAAUAAGUGAAACCAACUUAACUCAUUUAUGUUUUUGCCUCAGAGUUUGUAGAGACAUACAUAUCUUUCUUUGGCUCGUAGUUCACGAUUGUUUGUCUGUGAUUUUAGUUCCCGACCGUCCAAAUGAUUUAUAUACAUAGCAAUUAUGUAUCACAUCAUUUGUGUGUACAAUCCUAAAAAUACGAGAGGUUUCACUCACAAUUAGUUAUGUAUAAAUUAUGCUGUACUCCAUAUGUUUUGUAGAAUUAUACUGUAAUGUUAAGAGAUCAUCAUUUCCUUUUGUUUACAUUUCUCUGUGUUUUUGUUGCAUUAUUUUGUACAUUGUCAUUAUAUCUUUAACCAUUUUCACUUGCCUUAAUCACAUUUUUGGGAUUUCCUUGCGCUAGACAUGGAACCGUUUUGGGCUACUUUCACUACCUUAGAGUCAUUUUCAUUAUGUUUUGCUUUCCAGUUCUUUGGAUUCAAAGAAGAGGAGAAGGAAGCAAAUCACUGUUGGUUAAAAUAACAAAUAUGUUUGUGAUAUUGUAUGUGUUGGACUCAUUGUAUUAAUAACUGUUGGUCCUGGGCUCGGUUUUAACAACAAUACUGCCGCAUUACUCUGAUGUUCCACUGAGGGUUGUAACAACCUUUUUUUAUAUAAUCUGUACGAAAAUACAGUAAGUGUCUUUUAGUGCUUCUGGUAUUGAGACUCUUGCUAUAAUGCUUUUGUGACAAAAAAAUCCUUUUGUAAGAAUUAACUAGCUAUUUGUAACGUUGUGUAACUUCUGGUUCUGUGAGAAACACUGUCGGCAUUAAUCACACAAACAAUUGUCCAAUGAGAGUUACAGAAUCGGCAAAAGCAACUAUCUCACCAAUAAUCCGUGACAAGAGCCCCUUGAUGGUCUGUAGUUUGUAAAAGUGUUGUCAAAAUUCAUAAUGUUCAAAGCAGCAGACAUGUUAAUCAUAUUGUACAAUAAUGCAUGGUGUUUAUAUCAGUGCAGUGACAUUAUGAUAUCUCAUUAAAGCUCUUGGCUUAGAAAUUCCUUUUUUUAAGUAAACAGAUACUUAAUAACUUCA